AAACAAUUACGUGAGUUUUAUAAAUGUAUCACACUUGGUGAAACGUAAUAACCGAGCGUUUUUUAAAAUCUUUGUAAUAUGCCAAUGUUAAAACAUGAUAUUGAACUCCCAAUAUCGAUUCCUGAUUUGCUGUUGGAUAAACAUGCAAAUUUUUUACUUUCAUAUGGAAAAGAUAAAGAUGAAUACAUGUACUGUAUAAUGGAACACCUGCGAAUGUCUGGUAUGUACUGGGGUCUAACGGCAUUGGAUAUUAUGGGUAAACUUGAGCAAACCAAUCGAGACGAGAUUCUAGAAUUCAUAGCGCAAUGUCAAACAGAAAGUGGAGGCAUAGCAGCAAGUUUGCAGCACGAUCCGCACAUUCUCCACACCUUGAGUGCAGUACAAAUACUCUGUAUCUAUGAUGCUCUUGACAUUAUCGAUGUAGAGAAAGUUGUAAAGUACGUCAAAGAAAGACAACAGUCCGAUGGAAGUUUUACCGGUGACAUCUGGGGUGAAGUUGACAUAAGAUUUUCUUUCUGUGCCGUGGCAACUUUAGCACUUAUGAACCAGUUAGAUGCCAUAGACGUCAAUAAGGCUGUUGAAUAUGUAAUGAAAUGUAUGAAUUUCGAUGGUGGCUUUGGCUCGAAACCAGGUGGCGAAAGUCAUGCUGGAAUGAUUUACUGCAGCGUGGGUCUUCUGUCAAUAACUGGUUGCCUUAAUUUAGUAGAUGCAGACCAACUCGGUUGGUGGCUGUGCGAGAGACAGCUUCCAUCUGGAGGUUUAAAUGGCAGGCCAGAAAAAUUACCCGAUGUGUGCUAUUCCUGGUGGGUUCUGUCUUCGCUUACGAUUCUUGGACGACUUCAUUGGGUUAAUAAAGAACAACUGGUGAAGUUUGUACUGUCGUGUCAAGACACGGAAUCGGGAGGAUUUAGUGAUCGUCCAGGAGAUGUUGCUGAUCCUUUCCACACCCUAUUCGGGUUAACAGCACUUUCCCUUUUAAACACGGAUUAUCCUUUGAAGAGGAUCAACCCAACGUUUUGCAUGCCAGAAUAUGUUAUUCAAAGGUUACAAGUACAACCCUCCAGACUAGACCAAAGCAACUGAUACUUGAUGAUUCCAAACGAAUAAAUUUUUAUGAAUUAAUAAAAAAAGCGGAAGUACAACAUGAAGUUUUUGCACGAAUCAUUUUGUACUUGUUUAUUUUGAACACUUAAAAUUAUUGUUCAUUUUACUGUGUGUAUACCGCGUAUGUGUAAU